AUGAAGUUCAUGAAACUUGGGACGAAGUCGGAUACUUUCUACACCGAACAAGCUACCAGAACAUUGACAUCAGAUAUAGCCUCGGAUCUUGUGAUACAAAUCAACGAUGUUAGUUAUCUUCUACAUCGGUUUGCGCUUCUUCCGAAAUGUGGCCUCCUACAAAGGCUUUGUUACGAAUCUAGUGACGCGGAGAGUGUUAGUGUGGAGCUUCAUGAUAUACCUGGAGGGGAAGAUGCUUUUGAACUUUGUGCUAAGUUUUGUUAUGGAAUUUCGAUCAACAUUAGUGCUCAUAACUUUGUAUCUGCAUUUUGUGCUGCCAAGUUCCUUAGAAUGAACGAAUCCGUUGAGAAGGGAAAUUUCGUAGGAAAACUUGAGUCUUUCUUCAAUUCAUGCAUUCUUGAAAGCUGGAAGGAUCCCAUUGCAACUCUUCAGAGUACUGCUACGUUGCCCGAGUGGUCCGAGAAUCUCGGUGUCGUAAGAAAAUGCAUUGAUUCCAUCAUUGAGAAAAUUCUCACACCCUCACAACAGGUGAAAUGGUCCUUCACCUACACCAGACCCGGUUACUCGAAAAAACAGCAUCAUUCUGUCCCAAAGGAUUGGUGGACUGAGGAUGUUUCUGAUCUCGACAUCGAUCUUUUCAGAUGCAUAAUAAUGGCUAUUCGAUCAACCUACGUUCUUCCCCCGCAGCUUAUCGGCGAAGCUUUGCAUGUCUACGCGUGCCGGUGGCUACCCGGAAUCACAAAGCUGAAUAAAAGUUCAGGCAGUUCAGCCUCUCAAACAGAAGAAUCUAAGCUGAAAAAUAGAAAAAUCCUUGAAACAAUCGUAAGCAUGAUUCCUGCAGAUAGAGGUUCUGUUUCAGUUGGAUUCUUGUUUCGACUUCUCAGCAUUUCAAUCCAUUUGAACGCCUCGUCGGUGAUAAAGACGGAACUAAUAAGACGGGCUAGCUUACAGUUUGAGGAGGCCACAGUGAGUGACCUUCUUUAUCCGUCAAAAUCAUCUUGUGAUCAGAAUUAUUAUGAUAUAGAAUUAGUUCUAGCAGUGUUGGAAACUUUCCUAAAGCUUUGGAAAAGAAUGUCCCCCGGUGCGGUCGAUAACAGCUACUUUUUGAGAUCAAUCAGAAACGUUGGAAAACUCAUAGAUUCCUAUCUUCAAGUGGUUGCAAGAGAUGAUAAUAUGCAAGUCUCAAAGUUUGUUUCUCUCGCCGAAACCGUGCCGAGCAUCGCUCGAGUUGACCACAAUGAUCUAUACAAGGCAAUUGACAUCUACCUUAAGGUACAUCCUGAUUUGAGUAAAGCAGAAAAGAAGAGACUAUGUGGGAUUCUAGAUUGCCAAAAACUGACGCCAGAAGUGCGCGGCCAUGCUGUAAAAAACGAGCUUCUGCCAUUAAGAACUGUGGUGCAGCUUCUGUACUUUGAACAAGAGAAAGAAUCCAUGGCAAACAAGAAUCAGAAAGUGUUAAAACAACAUGAGAUAAUUGUAGGAGCAAAACAAAGAACAACUACAAAGGAUAGCCAAAGCAAGCAAUCAUUAGGAGGAGAAAAAGAUGAGCAGAGAAAUAAAAGAAUGGAUGGAAGUUUGGCAUUAGAGAUGGAAAAAAAGAUGGUAAUAAGAGGAAGAGAGAUUGAAGAGAAAGAUGAAAGUAGUUCAAGCUAUAAGUUGGAAGUUGAUCCUAAAAAUAGGAUAAGAAGGGCAAGAAGUAAAUCAGAACAUAGCAUGAAAAGAGCAGAUAGAGAAAAAUAA